AGCCGCCUGGCGUCUCGAACGCCCCCCCCCCCCCAAGCGCCGCCCGGCCUCGCGGGCGCGAGCUGGGUUCCGCGCGUCCCGCGCGUCCCGGGCAAGGCGCGAUGAGCGCGAUGGUCCUCCGCAUUGCGCUGGCCGCGCUGGCCGCGGCGCGGCUCGCGGCCGCUGUGCCCGGCGGCGUGGAGAAGAUCGUGUGCGAGGUCCUCUCGCAGAGGUCGCUCGAGAGGGGGGCGGCGAACGCCACCUGCGCGGAGGUCCAGGAGCUUGCCGAAAAGUACCCCGGCGUCAUCACGCCCUACCAGGAUUGCGCGGAGCGUUUCGAGCAUUUCUGGGAGAAGGCGGCGGCCGCUUGCCCCAAGCACAGAAGGCAUUUCGACCUCCCUGCAGACAUCCCUGAAGAUAUCAAGAAGGAGCUCUGCGAUGUCGCCUCCCAGAAGGAUGUUGAGGAGAAGGCGAUCAAGUAUGUCUGUGAGAAGGUCAAAGACGAGGUGAACCCCGUGGAGUGCAACCUCGUCUUGAAGGCAGCCUGGGCGCAUGCCUUGGAAGACUGCUCACCGAACAAGACCGCCCCGAGCCCGGCGGACAUCGAGAAGCUCAUCUGCGAGUACGCGUCGCAGCAGCCGAUCGAGGACAAGGCCGUCGAGGAGAUCUGCGAGGUGGUCACGGCGAAGUUCCCGUCGGUGCCUGACUGCAAGGGGAUGGUGGAGGCUGCGUGGGCCAAGGCAUUGGCCAUGUGCCCGAAGCAGCAGGCGAUGCUUCCGAGCCCGGCAGACAUCGAGAAGCUCAUCUGCGAGUACGCUUCGCAACAGCCGAUCGAGGACAAGGCCGUCGAGGAGAUCUGCGAGGUGGUCACGGCGAAGUUCCCGUCGGUGCCUGACUGCAAGGGGAUGGUGGAGGCUGCGUGGGCCAAGGCAUUGGCCAUGUGCCCGAAGCAGCAGGCGAUGCUUCCGAGCCCGGCAGACAUCGAGAAGCUCAUCUGCGAGUACGCUUCGCAACAGCCGAUCGAGGACAAGGCCGUCGAGGAGAUCUGCGAGGUGGUCACGGCGAAGUUCCCGUCGGUGCCUGACUGCAAGGGUAUGGUGGAGGCUGCGUGGGCCAAGGCAUUGGCCAUGUGCCCGAAGCAGCAGGCGAUGCUUCCGAGCCCGGCGGACAUCGAGAAGCUCAUCUGCGAGUACGCGUCGCAACAGCCGAUCGAGGACAAGGCCGUCGAGGAGAUCUGCGAGGUGGUCACGGCGAAGUUCCCGUCGGUGCCUGACUGCAAGGGGAUGGUGGAGGCCGCGUGGGACAAGGCAUUGGCCAUGUGCCCGAAGCAGCAGGCGAUGCUUCCGAGCCCGGCGGACAUCGAGAAGCUCAUCUGCGAGUACGCGUCGCAGCAGCCGAUCGAGGACAAGGCCGUCGAGGAGAUCUGCGAGGUGGUCACGGCGAAGUUCCCGUCGGUGCCUGACUGCAAGGGUAUGGUGGAGGCUGCGUGGGCCAAGGCAUUGGCCAUGUGCCCGAAGCAGCAGGCGAUGCUUCCGAGCCCGGCGGACAUCGAGAAGCUCAUCUGCGAGUACGCGUCGCAGCAGCCGAUCGAGGACAAGGCCGUCGAGGAGAUCUGCGAGGUGGUCACGGCGAAGUUCCCGUCGGUGCCUGACUGCAAGGGGAUGGUGGAGGCUGCGUGGGACAAGGCAUUGGCCAUGUGCCCGAAGCAGCAGGCGAUGCUUCCGAGCCCGGCGGACAUCGAGAAGCUCAUCUGCGAGUACGCGUCGCAGCAGCCGAUCGAGGACAAGGCCGUCGAGGAGAUCUGCGAGGUGGUCACGGCGAAGUUCCCGUCGGUGCCUGACUGCAAGGGGAUGGUGGAGGCUGCGUGGGACAAGGCAUUGGCCAUGUGCCCCAAGGAGCAGCUCAUGGCUCCGAGCCCGGCGGACAUCGAGAAGCUCAUCUGCGAGUUCGCAUCGAAGAAGCAGAUCGAGGACAAGGCCGUCGAGGAGGUGUGCCAGGCGAUCGCGGACAAGUUCCCCUCGAUCAAGUUCGACCCUGACUGCAAGACCGUGAUGGAGUUCGGAGGAGGCGGCGGCCAUGUGCCCCAAGCCGAGCCUCGUGAUGCCCAUGUACGUCUGAGGCGGUCGCCUGCAAAACCCUGCGACGCGGUGGCCUCUUCCCGCGUCGGGGGUCCUCGCGCAGGGAGUGGCGAGGGGUCUCCGCGGAGGGAGGGCAGGAGGUGCACGACGAGCCGGGGGCGGCCCCCGGGCGGCCGCCCCCGCAGUGCUCCCCUGCUGGGGCGCCUGGCCCGCCGCCUGCGGGCUGGUGUACAUACGCAGCCCCUCGGGGAGCGCGCUCUCCAGCGCCCGGUCCGCUGCUCCGACGGCCUGCAGGGCUCGGAGGUUGUCGGGGGCGGCAAAGAGAGGGGUGAUGACUAGGGGGGGGUUAAUAUCAUGGCGGGGGCCAUGAUAUUUCCCCAGAUUUCAUGGCGCCUCUUCUUGUUUCAUUGAGUCCCUGGCCCCCGCGCUGGGCCGCGCACGUGCCGCCGGUCAUGAUUUGCACCCCCUCCUCUUGGACACCCCCCUCUUGGCCGCUCCCGAGGUUGUCAGAGGAGGAGAAGGUACCCAUACCUCGACCCUUUCCUCGUUUUCCUUCUUUUUGGGGGCCUCCUCGGAGGCCCUCGUCGCCACCGCUGGACUCGCCUCGAAGCGCUGGGCAGAGCGCACCCCCGGAGAGGUCCGUGGAGCAGCGGCGCAUCGGUACCUUUUGGUUGCCCCAGGUUGGGCGGGGAUCGGGAGGAUGUGAGGUUGCCCGAUGUCGCUCCGAUCCUCCGGUCGCUCGGCUCUCGUGUCGACUUCGCGUGUCGAUACGUGGAGACGGUGUUGCCCUUGUUGUGAAGCCCGAGCUUCGGGCUCGCUUGGUCUGCAGGCGGUGUCGCGUCCUGCUUACCCCCGGCAGUGCCGCCCAUGGCGGACUUUCGAGGACAUCCGAG